CGCGGAUGUCAAUCAAGCGUCGCAUCAUCCCGUAUUCACGGCGCUCAUGAACACUUCGGACAAGCCGUUACCCUUAGACAAAAAACAAAACAAUGUAUAACCAUACACGUUUUGUUUGGUGCGUGGACGACACAACUGUUUGCAUAGCAACCAAAGUGGGCAGGAUGAAUAAUCAAAAGCACUGAUUGUUGUCACAGUCUCUGUGUUUGUCACUUUGUGACAGGAGGACACCGGAUCGGUUUGUCAUGGAGAAUUCACGGACAUCACUGAUGGUCAAGGUGGCCGCGAUGGUCGCGAUCGGUCUCGCGGCCACCUUCGUGAUGCACGUUCAAGAUCCGUCGCAGGCGCUUUUCGGAUACCCAGAGCUGUGGCGGAGGACCGGAUUGGCCGGUGCUCCUGCGCGAGCGGCUGCCUGUAUCCUCGCGGGAGUGUUUCUUUUAGCUUUGGGCUGGUUGUACAGAUUGUUAUUCGCUCCCCUUGAGUUGCUCCGUGGCGUGGAUGAGGUGGGCUACAUCGCGGAGGACGGGCGCUCCCGUGCGCAAGCGGCCAACGAGGUGCGGCGGAGGCGCAAGACUGGAGAAUUACCGCCGGUGUAUCCCAAUGGCUGGUAUCGGGUUUUGGACUCUCACAUGCUGGAGAAAGGGGAUGUCAAGAGUGUGACUGUACUGGGACAGCAGGUGGCAGUGUUUCGUGGACAGGAUGGCAAAGCCUAUGUGGUGGAUGCUUAUUGCCCCCAUUUAGGUGCAAACCUGGCUGUAGGGGGGAGAGUGGUGGGGGGCUGCAUCGAAUGCCCUUUCCACGGCUGGCAGUUUCGAGGGAUAGAUGGGAAAUGUGUCAAGAUUCCAUAUGCAGAUAAAGUGCCUGAGUUUGCAAAGGUGCGGUGCUGGCCCAGCUGUGAGAUCAACGGACAGGUUCUGGUGUGGUUUCACUGUGAUGGGUUAGAGCCCAGUUGGACAGUUCCAGAACAAAGUGAGAUCACACGUGGAGAAUGGGUUUACCGCGGUCGUACCGAGCACUUCAUAAAUGCACAUAUUGAGGAAAUUCCAGAAAAUGCCGCAGAUAUUGCACAUCUGGCUCAUCUCCACACUCCAGGAAUCGUCAGUGGCGUUGAUCUCCGCUACACCAACAGCAAGACCUGGGAGUUUAUAAGACAUGAUUGGAAGGUGGAGUGGAAACCAGAACCUGAGCCAAACAAGCACUGCUCACAGAUGUUGGUGAAGCACGCUCUCACUGUGUUUGGUCGGCAUUGGCCUCUUCUCGAUUUGGACGUCCUGGCAAGACAGGUGGGUCCAGGUGUUGUCUUCCUGCUAUUCGAACACAGUUUCCUGGGAAGGGGUGUGAUGAUGCACUGUGUGACCCCUGUCGAGCCAUUACUGCAGUGUGUAUCACACACCAUCUUCUACCAGAGCAGCAUUCCUCCCCUCGUACCCAAGUUCAUUCUUCGUGCAGAAUGUAUCCAGUUUGAACGAGAUGUGAUGAUCUGGAACAACAAGACGUACAUCUCUAAUCCAAUGCUUGUGAAGGAAGACUCGGCCAUACAGAAACACAGACGCUGGUUCAGUCAGUUCUACAGUGAGAACAGCCCACGACUGCGAUAUCAGCACGACACUCUGGACUUCUGAACACAGACGGCACUUACACCAAUAUGGGCUGCUAGAAGACAAAUAAAUCGAAAUUAUAUAAGAAGGCAGUUUUUUUAAACUGAAAACGUCAAUAGCUGAUAUUCUAAGUUGAUAUUUAAAAGCUUUACCAUUGCAAAUGAUUAUGCAAAUUAUGCAAGUGAAUUUUUUUCUUGAGAAAUUCUUUUUAAUAAAAUCUAUAAACAGUGUACAAUGCACAAAGAAAACAAAUAAAGAAAUACAAAAUCUGAAUUUGGAUAUGAUUUUUCAGCAGUGGUUCUUAAACUGGGGGCCUUGGGCUAGGGGGGCCCCAGUUUUAUGACAUUUUAUAAAAUACAUUAAUUUAUCAUAAAUUAUGUGUAAUUAAACAUUAGACUAACCAACAGUACCACAGUGUAUCAUUUAAUAUGUUUUGUUUAAUUAAAAUUGUAAGUUUAAGAAUGUUUUAUGUCAUAAAUUUACUUUCGGGGGGCCACGAAGGGAUGCACCGUGCACAAAGGGGGCCACACGCCAAAAUGUUUGAGAACCACUGGCCUUUAUUUUGUAACUGAACAUACAGUACGUGACCCUGAACCACAAAAAAACGUCAGGAGGGUCAAUUUUUGAAAUUGAUAUGUAUACUUUAUCUGAAAGCUGAAUAAAGAUUUCCAUUGA